UGACGUGCGCGCGCCCGCCCCUCCCACCUGCGCGAGCGAUGCGCCUGAUUCUGAGACGUUUCAACUGACAGACGAUUUUAUUUCGCAAAUUAGCCGUAUAAACGGCAACAUUUCGACAUGAACGUGUUAAAAAUGCCUGAGAGAGUCGACGCCUCGCCUUCCUGAGAUUGAACCAUGACAGAAGAAGCGUUUUAAUCGGAGCGAGGGUCGAUGGCGAGACUUUAAUGUCAGAUUGAGCCGCUAAGGUGAAACUCUGACUAGAUGAAUAAUGCCUGGGAAGCUAAAGGCGAAGAUUGUUGCGGGGCGGCACCUGCCCGUCAUGGACCGUGCCAGCGAUCUCACAGAUGCCUUCGUGGAGGUCAAGUUUGGAAACACAACAUACAAAACAGAUGUGUACCCCAAGUCUCUGAAUCCUCAGUGGAAUUCUGAGUGGUUCAAAUUUGAGGUGGAUGAUGAAGAUUUACAGGACGAGCCAUUGCAGAUCACCGUUCUUGACCAUGACACAUACAGCGCUAAUGAUGCCAUUGGAAAGGUGUACAUAGACAUCGAUCCAUUACUCUGCAGUGAAGCUGCUACUGUCAUCUCUGGCUGGCUCCCCAUAUAUGACACUAUUCAUGGGAUAAGAGGGGAAAUCAAUGUGCUAGUGAAGGUGGAUCUCUUCAAUGACCUGAACCGCUUCAGACAGUCUUCAUGUGGAGUUAAAUUCUUCUGUACAACCUCUAUUCCCAGAUGUUAUCGGGCCAUUAUGGUCCAUGGCUUUGUGGAAGAGCUUGUGGUAAAUGAGGAUCCAGAGUACCAGUGGAUCGAUCGUAUCAGAACCCCUCGUGCAUCCAACGAGGCCCGACAGAGGCUCAUCUUUCUUAUGUCAGGUGAAUUGCAGAGGAAGAUUGGUCUGAAAGUGCUGGAAAUGGGAGGGAAUGCAGUGGUGGGGUAUCUGCAAUGUUUCGACCUGGAAGGAGAAUCAGGCCUCGUAGUUCGAGCCAUUGGGACGGCCUGCACUCUUGAGAAAAUCAGCACUCUCCCCUCUACAGCCACACACCAGAGCAACUCAUCUCCAUCUAAAGACAUGAAAGACUCUCCGCAGGCUGCUCCUUCCACUCUCGGAUGUCGUUCCACACACAGCAGUCCAGUUCACAGUGCGAGCAGUCGUCUCUCUCAGGGCUUCUCCGUUUCUGUGCCCACACUGCUGUUCGCCGGUAUGAAACCCAGACACAGGAGCUCAGAAGCCCCCAGAGCCAGGCAGUGUAGGCCAGUUUUUGGGGAGGAGGUCCCAGGAAUCCCGUUAUCCUCAGGACCCCCCACCCCUCUGAGAGCACAAACCUUCUCCUCCUUCUCCCCCUCCAAGUCCUACAGUCGCCAGUCCUCUUCCUCUGACACCGAACUCAGCUUAACCCCCAAAACCGUGAGGAUGUUUCUGUGUCCCAGUACUCCCGCCCUUGAGUCCAUUUCAUCUUCCCUCCCCUCCACUCAUAUGCCCUGUCACUUACGGCCAGGGAUGGCCUCCAGGAGUUCAACUCCUCCCCCUCUCCAUGUCAGCCAAUCAGACACAGCCAUGCUGAGAAAGAGCGUGUCUUUCAGUGAGGAACUGCUGCUGGCGGCCUCUGGAAUGGGAAGUGGUGGAAGUGCAGGGAAGGAGGCGGGGCCUCUUAAAGCUCUUCUGAGGCAGCAGACCCAAUCCGCACUGGAACAAAGAGGGGUUUCAUCAUCCUCUGAAGCGUUUGUUAGGACGGGGGAAUACCCUUUCUUCACAUUGACUUCCUUCCCUUCUGGAUUUCUCCUUCACGUUGGAGGUGUAGUCAGCGCACGCUCAGUAAAGCUUCUGGAUCGAAUCCACAACCCAGCCUUGGGUAACACCAGGUCAUACAAACUGCUAGACUGGAAUAGUUUCACUGCAGACGAGCCAGAGACACGAGAUGCAUGGUGGGAGGAGAUCCGUCAAGAAAUAAAGUCUCAUGCCAAAGCUCUCGGCUGCCAUGCUGUGGUGGGAUACAGCGAGUCCACCAGCAUCUGCGAGGAGGUGUGUAUUUUGUCAGCGUCUGGUACGGCUGCGAUCCUCAGCUCCCGCUUCAUGCAGGACGGCCCGCUGGACACUGAACACAGGUUGUCUCGCCAGCCGCUUGUCUUUUCUACAGGGUCAGAGAGGGUCGAGGGGGAUAUGGGUAGUUCUGCCUCUUUAGGAUUUGAGGAGGUGGUGCCGCCAGGAUGUGGGUUUUGCCACAUACCAUACGAUGAGUUGAAUAUACCGUUUCCAGCUCAGCUCACCUACUGCUACAGUUGUCGCCGCUCUAAAGUUCCCGAUGUGCUCUUCACAACCAUCGACUUGCCUGCUGACGCCAACAUCACUGGGAAAGGCUGCCUGAUUCAGGCCAGGCUUUGUCGGACUAAAAAGAAAGCCCAGGGAGAAGGAAACGCCACAGCCAUUAGCAAUCUUCUACCAUUUCUGGAGUACGAGCUCCACACACAGCUAAUGAACAAAUUAAAGCUACGGGGCAUGAAUGCUUUGUUUGGUCUGCGUAUUCAGAUCAGUGUGGGAGAGACUAUGCUGCUGGGACUGGCGUCCGCAACAGGAGUCUAUUUGACAGCAUUACCUGGUCCGGGAGGAAUCCAGAUUGCAGGAAAAACUCCCAGCGACAUCACAUACGAACAGCACAUCUCCAAUAUGCAGAAGAAAAUCAAUGACACCAUCGCUAAAAACAAAGAUCUGUAUGAAAUCAACCCGCCUGAGGUCGUUGAAGAGAUCAUUGGUUCGCCAAUCCCUGAGCCUCGUCAAAGGUCUCGUCUUUUUCGUUCUCAGUCUGAGAGCUCAGAUGAAGUGUCAGAGCUAGACUUAUCACAUGGGAAGAAGGAUGCCUUUGUGUUAGAGAUUGAUGACACUGAUGCUGUGGAAGACAUACAUGCACUUCUGACUGACUCCCCCACUCCACAAGGUUUCUACAGCUGCAACACUGAAAUCAUGCCUGGGAUUCAAAACUGGACUUCAGCUAUACAGAUGUUUACCUCUGUGAGGGUCUUUCGCCUUAAUAACGCCAACCUAACCAAUCAGGGACUGAAUAAAAUUUUCAGUGACCUCUGUGAGAACCUGCUCAAGAGUUUGUACUUUAAAUUGCGGUCGAUGGUUCCCUGCUGUCUUUGUCACCUGAACUUCACCGUGGCCAUACCUGAAGAUGAGCUCAUACAGGUUGCAGUGACGGCUGUGGCAAUGAGCUUUGACAAAGAGCAGAUUCUGGAGAACGGCAAACAAAGUGGGGAGAAGACACUGACAAAGGCAAUCACAGAAAAUGAUGAGCAGCUUCAAUUCAAUCUGGAGCUCAAUCCUGAAAGCUCUCAUGCCAACCCUCUCAGCUCACCCAAAGGUCUCUCCGAGGUUGGCAGUCACCCAUCAGCCAGAGCCCCCUCAGUUGAUUACAGUUCCUUUGCAGACAGAUGCAGCUCCUGGAUAGAGCAGCUUAGACUGAAAGCUCACACCAUAAGACGCGGAUCUGUUAAAACAACGUCAUCUAUGGAAAAGGCCAGUCCGCUGCCUGAAGGACGCUCUCGCUCCCUGCGCUCCAACCGCUCGUACUCGGGCACUUCCGUGGCCGUGGUCAAAAUGACACCACUCUCGUUUAUUCCCGGAGCCAAGAUCAUCAAAUACCUGGGCAUCAUCAACAUGUUCUUCAUUAGAGAGACCACGUCACUCAGAGAGGAGGGAGGUGUGAGCGGUUUUCUGCAUUCGUUCAUUGCUGAAGUGUUUGCGAUGGUCCGCGCUCACGUCGCUGCUCUUGGAGGAAAUGCUGUGGUUUCCUACAGCAUGAAGGAGUGUGUGUUCAUGGAGAAUCCCAACAAGAACCAGGCGCAGUGUCUAAUCAACGUCAGCGGGGACGCUGUCAUCUUCGUCAGAGAGUCUGAACUUGAGGCUGCUUCGGUACAACCACAGUCAACCACACACACCUCCAAUGGUGGGGAAGGAACGUGAAAACACACACACACACACACACACACACAUACACACACACACACACACACACACACACACACACACACACACACACACACAUACAUACACUCAAGAAACGUAAUCUCAAGUUAAUGAGUCUUAACAUAAACCAUGCCAUCUUCAGCCAUUUAAUGUGGCGUCAUGCCUAAAACUACCAAUCAAAUCUUCAAAAAAACGAGCAAAAUUCUAGACUCCUGAUUGGUUAGUUUGCCAAAGUGUAAUUUUUUUAGUCACUUUUAUCUCAAAAUAAUGUUUUAAAUCCCUCCGUCGUCUGCCAUGUUUCAGAUGUUGUUCACAUUCCAUGUUGUCCAAAUGUGCUGGAGGCAGCUACACAAUUAACAAAAGGUCUGAAAACUUCACAGAGAGUGUAUUAACGUUCAAGCGACUCUCUAAAAGGCCAUGUUUUAUAUUUAAAUACAGGAAUAAACUACUGAUGCACUCGCAUUGACAUCCAGUUCAGGAUUUUUAAAUGAGUUAAACGCUUCCUGUCAUGUCCUACUGAUCUCUUUUAAAUCAUGUCGAAUGCUGGAAACAUUUGUUUGCUUUCAUGUGCCACAAUGUAUGCUUUAUUAUUAUGUUCUUUCUUUUAAUCCAAAUGUGUGGAUCGGGCUUUUGUGAGGCCGGUCUGGUUGUCUUGCAUGUGCAAUGGCAGUUAAUGAUUGAGAUAUAAGGUGUUUUUAGUGGUGGAGAUGGGCUCAUCGUGGACUGACACUUGAAUGUACAGAUUAGACAGGUCUGGAUACGAGGUGAGCUGCUCUGCUCCUGUGUUGACUUACUUUUAUUGCUAUGAUUUUGUAAAUGUUUAUGCCUGAGGACAAAUCAAAAUUGCACAUUAUUAAGAUAUAACUGAAUAAAACUAUUAUGGCUCUGA